AUGGGGAACUCAAGGGAUUUGAAAAUGCAGAUUUCUUCCCCAAGUUCUCACUCUUAUCCUCCUACUGCUCUCCUUCCUAAGGCUAAUUUCACCCCACGUUCUAGUUCCAACAAAAGCAGAUCCAGUGCUGACUUCGUUUCUGAGUCCCAGUGGUUUUCUAAUUUUACUGGCUCCUUGGAUGAACACAGGACCUGCCAAUGCUCUGUUAUCCUGCCGGACACCAACUUUCCUGUGGAACGAGUGGAAUACUUGGAAAUCAUAGCUCAAAAUCUCACCAUGAAGUUCGAGAUUGAGCUUUCUAAAGUAAAGGAAUAUGCUGAAUUAAUUAGAGUGUAUGAAGAGAAACUCUCAAAUCUAACUUUACGAGUGGAGAACAUGGAAAAGGACACAAUUUCUUACACUGAAUUGGACUUUGAGCUAAUCAAGCUAGAAGUGAAGGAGAUGGAGAAACUGAUCAUAGAGAUGAAGAAUACUUUCAUUGGAAGCUCAACAAUUAUUGAGCAGCUUGAAUCGGAGAUAAGGAAUAUGACUCUCCUGGUAGAGGAGCUUGAGACACUAGAUAAAAACAAUGUUCUUGCCAUUCGUCGAGAAAUCUUGGCUCUGAAGAAAAAGCUAAAGGACUGUGAAGCCUCUCAAAAUGCAAGUGAUUCUAAUCAUCAACUUCGGCCUCCUCCUCCUCCAGGGAGCUGUGGUCAUGGUGCUGUGGCAAACAUCAGCGAUCCACAUGUAGUUCGAAUCAACUGGAGAGGGUAUCAGUAUAAAUAUGGUGCUUGGGGUCGAGAAUAUUCUCCCCAGAAUCCAGACAAAGGGUUGUAUUGGGAGACACCUCUGGAGACAAAUGCGAGAUAUUUCAUGUAUUACAGACUCUAUCAAACAUUCAAUGAUUUACUUGUGUACAAAUAUUCUCAUCAGUAUGAAGUUACAUAUGGUCAAGGUGCUGGAACAAUAGUUUACAACAAUACCAUGUAUAUCAACUGGUAUAACACUCCGAACAUUGCUAGUGUUAACCUGACCACCAACAAAGUUUCUCUUAAUAAACCUCUCCCUAAUGCUGUCUUUAAUAACCGCUUUUCAUAUGCUAAUGUUGCGUGGCAAGAUAUGGACUUCGCUGUAGAUGAGUUUGGGUUCUGGGUGAUUUAUUCCACUGAAUAUGCUGCUGGUAACAUAGUGAUAAGUAAACUCAAUGACACCACUCUUGAAGUGCUAAACACUUGGCAUUCUCAGCAAUUUAAACCAUCUGUUUCUAAUACCUUCAUGGUUUGUGGGACUUUGUAUGCCACCCGUAUUGUGAAUACCACAAUGGAAGAGAUUUUCUACUACUAUGACACAAACACAGGGAAAGAAGGUCAAAUGAGCAUCAUGAUGGGAAAAGCAAUGAGCACUGUGCAGAGUAUUAACUAUCAUCCUUUUGACCAUAAACUUUAUGUUUAUAAUGAUGGUUACCUUCUAAAUUUUGACCUUAGUUUUUACCCAGAAACAUUUUAG